UCUCAAAUGGUAUCGUGCAAAUUGAUCACAAUUUAAAAAUUAAUAAGAACACAAACUGAUUUGCUCUUUUUCGAAACCGCUCAAUUAGGUCGCACUAGCGCUUCUCUAAAAUAUGUGCGCUUUUUAUGGAUUUUGGAGAACCAGGUGGGAAGACUGAGGAAUUUAAACUUUAUACAGGUGAGUUAAUAAUCACUACUUUCUUUUGGAGCCUCUAAAUUUCACCUCUAAAAAUUUAUCGUUGGUCUUCUCAUCAAAUUUUGGAAAAUAUGGCUACCACCGCAGUCACCGAAAGCUUGUUCUCUCCCUUGAAUUUAUCUCAACCGUUUGUCUCCUAUUAUGACAUCGAAAACGGGAUUCUUCUAAAUGACGAUUCACUAAGGAGGGCAAAUACCGAAAAACGCGAAACUGCUCUAAUUAAAAAUACCCAUAAUUCAGAGCCCGAUUCGUAUAACGAUUAUAGUGGUAGGGACGACAAAAGGAAUAAUAGAGAAAUAUAUUAUGUUGAUGAUAAUAAUACUCCCUUAGAUUCGGGGGCAAGUACUAUCUCGAAACCUAAAAUGACCCAUAAACCCAACUGCAAGUCUAAAUCCUCUAGGAAAUUAUUUGAAAUAGGAAAUUUACAAGAAGACAUAAGAGGAUCUGACCCAUACUUAUUCAGAACGAUUAAUGAAUUUAAAAAGAAACGCCAUUCUUACGAGAUACCUCCUCCUCCAUCGAAAUUUAUCUUAAAAUCAUCGUUAAUCAAGGUUUCAUCUCAAGGUGACAUGUACAAACAACGAGUUAGAGUAUUAACCCAUUCGAAUAAGUCAACACAAAAUAAUAAUGAUAAGCAUCCGGAAUCCGGUCAUAAAUGGGCCGCAUAUAACGGGGUAAGUUUAACUAAUGGCAGCGGCCAUAGUACCAAUGGGGCACGUCCUAUAAAAACUAUUUCUCCCCAGGUUCGGCAAAAACUAUUAGAAUUUCUAACCAAUAAGAAACAACAGCUAAACACAAACGCAUGUUUUAGUUCCUCUAUCCCUUCGAUCAAGACACAGUUCGGCAAUGAAAAAUGCGAGAAUUACGUAAUCAAAGAUCCAGCGAACUCAUCCAAUCGGUCUCAAUCAUUCAGCAAAGCUGUCAAACAGUAUACAAACGAUAAAUUUACCCGAUUUCUCAAUUCGAACGCACAUCGAGGAAGGGAUGAAGUGAGCGGCGACGAUGAUGAUUACAAGAACUGUUUGAACAGAAAGUGGAGCUCGGCUUUCGCAUUACAAAAUAGGUUGAAACUCAAAUGCCCGAAUCUCGCUGAUACCUUGAAUACGGGUCAUGAUCAAACGAGUUGCCAAAACGACGAAGAUUCUGAUCGAAAUCAUACGAGUAAUCAAGAAAAUAAGCGAUAUCCUUCCGUUAUUCAGAGUGGUCAUCGAAAUUCGAUCUUAAAUUUAAGAUCGAAUAUUUUAACCACCAAAUGCAAUUCUCAUUCCAGCGUAUCCAAAAUUAUCUACAAAAAUCCUGAAAUAGUUUGCCCAGCUGGUGGCGAAUAUGACGAUCACCAUGAUUUUUUCCAACCUCACGUAAUAGACGAGAACAUGAUUAAACUUCAUUACAAAAGAGUCUUGCUAGAACGCUACAUAAACAAAUGCCCUAAAGAUGACGGAGAGGCUAUGGACGAAGGUGAAGGAGGCAACUAUCUGAGGAAAACAUAUUCUGAACCCUACCUAAAAAGCACAAUAAGAAGUUCCGAUUUUCAAUCACACCUCAACACUUGUGAAAGCCCUAAAAAUAGCCAAAGUCCACUCGAUAAUGAAAUAGAACGAAGAAAUAACUACAAUAAGGAAGAAGAAAUAGUCGAUAUUGGAAAUAAGUGUAGAUAUUUUGCCAAUAAAUCUGAUCAGUAUCAAGAUAACCAAUAUCCUCGAAUUUCAUAUUUCACCCCAAAUAAUAAUAAUCCGCUUAUGAAACCCGAUUUAUUUGACGAUCAAAGUUUAAACAUUCGCAAUAAAAAACGUAACGUCAAUUUUGACGCGGCCCUUUGGUGCGCUUCCCAAAACAUAGCUGCGCCGAGAUUUCCCGUUUCUAAUUUACCCCUUGCCUCAAAUUUCUUUUCCUCUUUCCCUCCACCCUUUAUGAUGGGUUGCCCGCCUUAUUUUUUGGAUCCUCAGUUGAUAUUGCCCAGCCAAUAUUCCUUUUUGGUGGAACGGAAUAAAUUUGAAAGAGAUAUCAUUAAAAAAAACCUCGAGAAAGCUGAUAAAGAUUUAGUUUCUGACAAGACUCCCCAUAUUGAUAGCGAUAGUGGUGAAAUAACCGAAAAACAGCGUUUGAAAAAGGCUAUCAUCAACUGGGUAGCCAAUCACAAAAACAAAGAAAUCCAACAUGGAAAUGAUGUUUCGGAAAAUGAAUCCAUCUUGCCCACGGCUGAGCUUUGUAAUAAGCGGCUUAAAAUAGAUUCCUCGAAACGUAAUAAUCACUAUUGCCAACAGACUAGCCUGCAAACGAAAUCGCCAUCCCUCCCCAUAUUAUCGAGAGAUUUUAGGAAUCGAACACCAAACUGUCAUUCUCACAACCCUCGGAGUUACCAUAAAUUCCUUAGAUCCUUCGAAAAUUCUCCGAAUUCUGAAAAAAUUAAGCAUCAACAUUCUAUUGUUGAGAUAGAGGCGGGUUCGGCUCUCGCAUCUCUUUCGAAUAUUCAUGCUGAUUCUAAAAAAAUGGAAAAUAUAUGAAACAUACGAAUCUAUGGAAAGUAGAGGUGGCUUUAUAAACUGUUCAUAGAUUAGUUUUAAUAUAGCAAAUUAAACUAUGUGUGUAUACCAUAUUUACAUUGUAUUUUAUUGAUAUAUUUUAUUCUGUCUAAGUCAUAUUAGUUAUUGAAUUAUACUUAUGAGAUGAU